CCCUCCCAGUGGUGAUGACUGGGAGGGACUGCAUGCCCCCCUCCCGAGGGAGGCUAUCUUUUCACUGUUUUAGGCCGUUUUGAAAUUCUUUUCUUCAGAAGAGAUAUUUUUAAUCAAAUAAAGCAGCUGCUGUUCCUGUGAUUGGCGCAGGACCAGGGGCCGAAGGACACGGACGGGCGGCAAGGCUGGGCUGGGCUGGUGAAAAUGCAGUCGAUUUGAUGAUGGAGCGCCUGAAGAUGCGCUUUUCCCCCGGUCUACGAACUGCUCACCCUUGAAUGAACCCAUCUUUACAGGUUUUCCCUACCGCAACGUGAGCUUCGCGUGCCUGCGGUUUUCCCUAGACCCUCUCGGAAGAACACGGCCACCGGAGAGGCGAAGGUAGGAGACUGGGAAACUCUACGUUCCCACGGGCCGGGCCGGCAGCCGCUGCUGGGAGGGCGUGACUGGCUUCUUCGCGCCAGCUGCAUCCAGAUGUGCCAGCCACCGUCCUCCAAGAAAGCUUCGCCGCGCAGCCCCUGCCUAAACGCCUUCCAGGAGGUUUGUCCCUGCCUGCGCGCCGUGCUCUGAGCUCUCAGGCUGGGAAAGCGCGCGGACAUGGGCGAGACCAUGUCAAAGAGACUCAAGUUGCACCUAGGAGAGGCGGAGAUGGAGGAGCGGGCGUUCCCCAAUCCCUUCCCGGACUACGAGGCCGCCGCCUCCGCCGCGGGGUUGGCCGCUGGAGCCGCGGAGGAGACGGGCCGUGUUUGCCCUCUCCCCACCACAGAGGACCCAGGCCUCCCUUUCCUCCCCAGCGGGAAGAUUGUCCCUAACUUCACAAAGCGCAUCCAGACCAAAAUCAAAGAUCUUCUGCAGCAAAUGGAAGAAGGACUGAAGACAGCUGAUCCUCAUGACUGCUCUGCCUAUACUGGUUGGACAGGUAUAGCACUUUUGUACCUGCAGCUGUACCGGGUCACUGGUGACCAGACCUACCUGCUCCGAUCCCUGGAUUAUGUGAAGAGAACACUCCGAAAUUUGAGUGGUCGCAGAGUCACUUUCCUUUGUGGAGAUGCUGGGCCCCUUGCUGUGGGUGCUGUGAUAUACCAUAAACUCAAAAGUGACUGCGAGUCCCAAGAAUGCAUCACAAAACUUCUACAGAUGCAUAGAACCAUUGUCUGUCAAGAAUCUGAGCUUCCUGAUGAGCUGCUGUAUGGACGGGCAGGUUACCUGUAUGCCUUACUGUACCUGAACACAGAAAUUGGCCCCGGCACUGUUGGUGAGGCAGCUAUUAAAGAGGUAGUCACUGCUAUUAUUGAGUCAGGAAAGACUCUGUCAAGGGAAGAAAGGAAAACUGAGCGCUGCCCUCUGUUAUAUCAGUGGCACAGGAAGCAAUACGUUGGAGCAGCCCAUGGGAUGGCUGGAAUCUACUACAUGUUAAUGCAGCCGGAAGCAAAAGUGGACCAAGAAACCUUAACAGAAAUGGUGAAGCCCAGCAUCGAUUAUGUGCGCCACAAAAAAUUCCGAUCUGGAAAUUACCCAUCUUCGUUAAGCAAUGAAACAGACCGAUUGGUCCACUGGUGCCAUGGUGCUCCAGGCGUCAUCCACAUGCUCUUACAGGCCUACCAGGUUUUUAAGGAGGAGAAAUACUUGAAAGAGGCCAUGGAGUGCAGUGAUGUGAUUUGGCAGCGAGGUCUGCUCCGGAAAGGCUAUGGAAUCUGCCAUGGGACCUCUGGAAAUGGUUAUUCCUUUUUGUCCCUUUACCACCUGACCCAGGAUAAGAAGUACCUCUAUCGAGCUUGCAAGUUUGCAGAAUGGUGUCUAGAUUACGGAGCGCAUGGGUGCCGCAUUCCUGAUAGACCCUAUUCCCUUUUUGAAGGUAUGGCUGGUGCUGUUCACUUUCUCUCUGACAUGUUGGUACCAGAGACAUCACGCUUUCCGGCAUUUGAACUUGGGAUUUUGCAGAAGGAUUAAAAAGGUGCAAAAAGACCACUAACAUACCUGUUGGACCAAAAACCACUGACUGAUUAGUGCCUGACACAGAACCUACUGGAAAUCCUAAAAGAGGAAGAAAGAAGGGCAGAAACCUUCACAAGCCCCUUUUGUUGCAAAGACCCCCAAAUUAGAGCAUGAGUGAUAGAAACCAUGUCAUCAGCACUCUGUGACAGCGUUUCCCUUAAAGGUGUGAAAUACAAACUCUUCAUCUCUAGGCUCCUUGUAGUGUGCAUGUCUCUUGGUGCUUGUCUAUAGGUGUAAACUGACUAACUAGAAAAGCCUCACUCAUCACAUGAACUCUCAGCUGAGCAUGUGUGAGUGCUUAAGGCCGACAGCCACACAUUUUUGUAUAUAGUAUCUAAAAUUAGGGUGUCAUACAGCCGUGUGAUGUCUGUCUUAAACAUCAGCUAGCAAAUCUAGAUAUCCUGUGAGAAUACUGUGUUAGCAUUUUCCAUGGGCACUUUUCCGAACAGCAUGAGUGAGAGACAGCUUCCCAAACCAGAGGAAAGUAGGCAAGUCAGUGUGCGUUUCAGAGCUCAGGAAGACACAGUUGACACUGUUCCCCUCUUUGUAUGUUGUGGUCAACACAAUUAAUGACUAAACAUUAGGAAUUCUCAGACAUAUACCCAAAUACAUAUUAUUGAAACAGACUCCACCUUACUGUUACUGGAAUAGCUUACUAAUAUAACACAGAGUAGCUAUAAUGCCAAAUGGUUCCAUUCAUAUCUCUUCAAAUGAUUAAUUCACAUUUUGGUAAAUUAUUAAAAGUAUGAAUUUUAAACUGUUACAUUCCUUAUUUUUCAUCCAGUUUGGGGUGAUAAAUUCUAGGCUGAAUUUAUACAUAUAAGGAACAAAACAAUCUAACCACGACAAUUAUUUCUGGGUGAUUUUUAAAA